GUUCUUCUCGUCUAAGACCUCACAGGCAAGGGCAUGACUGACCCCGGAACCUGAUGACCCCAACCGUGCUCCUGGCAGGGGCUCACGUCACUGCAGCAUGGACCAGCAAGAGGCUCCACCCCCCGUCCUCACAGAAGGUGAUGUGAAGUAUGACACCAACAACAAUGAGGAGGAGGAGGGAGAGCAGUUCGACUUCGACAGCGGAGAUGAAGUCCCAGAGGCCGACCGGGGAGGAAAUCUUUCUGGCCUCGAGGAAGCUGGGAGUGCAGAGGCUGCCAGCUCCUGUGGGCAUGAGAAGGGGACUGAGAAGGCAGCUGACAUGGUGGCAGAACCAGUGAAGCCUGUGGCCCUGAUGAAAGUGAACCCAUACUCGGUCAUUGACAUCACGCCACUCCAGGACGACCCACCCCUGACCCCGGACCCUCGUGUUGAAGAGGACAGCUUUGGCCCACACCUGCCCAGUGGAUACUCAGUGCCCGUGCCCUGUGGUUAUGCUGUGCCCUCCAGCCUGCCCCUCUUGCUGCCUGCCUACUCCAGUCCAGUCAUUAUCCGGGCCACGUCCAUGGAGGAGGAAGAAACUCCAGAGUCCUCCGAUCACCCCUUCAAAUGUCUCAGCUCCGAGGACCCUCCAAACAGCGACGACCAGGCCAGGAAGGAAGAUAGCGCCCUGGCUCGCUGGGUGGCAGACCCUGCCAACAUGGCAUGGAUGGAGAACCCAGAAGAAGCUGUCUACGAUGACGUUCCGCAGGAGAAUUCGGACUCCGAGCCAGACGAGAUGAUUUAUGAUGACGUGGAGAACGGAGAUGAAGGUGGGAACAGCUCUCUGGAGUAUGGGUGGAGCUCGAGUGAAUUUGAGAGUUACGAAGAGCAGAGUGACUCCGAGUGUAAGAAUGGGAUUCCGCGGUCCUUUCUGCGCAGCAGCCACAAAAAGCAGAUGCAGAAGCUCAUGAAGGCGGCAAGGGAAGGGACAAAAGAUGGCCUCGAGAAGACCAAAGCUGCCGUCAGGAGGGGUCGCUCGUUCAUCAGGACCAAAUCGCUCAUCUCCCAAGAUCACAGGUCUAGCCUGGAGGAAGAGCAGAACCUAUUCAUUGAUGUGGACUGCAGGCACCCCGAGGCUGUGCUAAUGCCCAUGCCCGAAGGUCUCUCUCCGCAGCAGGUGGUGAGAAGGUACAUCCUGGGUUCAGUGGUGGACAGUGAGAAGAACUACGUGGAUGCUCUGAAGAGGAUCUUGGAGCAGUAUGAGAGGCCGCUGUCCGAGAUGGAGCCACGGCUGCUGAGCGACCGGAAGCUGAGGACGGUGUUCCACCGUGUCAAGGAGAUCCUGCAGUGCCACUCCAUGUUCCAGAUUGCGCUGGCCAGCCGUGUGUCCGAGUGGGAUGCUGUGGAGAUGAUUGGUGACGUCUUUGUGGCCUCGUUUUCCAAGUCCAUGGUGCUGGACGCCUACAGUGAGUAUGUGAACAACUUCAGCACUGCAGUUGCCAUUCUGAAGAAGACAUGUGCCACCAAGCCUGCCUUCCUCGAGUUCUUGAAGCAGAGCCAGGAGUCGGGUCCCGACCGCGUCACGCUCUAUAGCUUGAUGAUGAAACCCAUCCAGAGGUUCCCACAGUUCAUCCUCUUGCUGCAGGACAUGCUGAAGAACACGGCCAAAGGCCACCCUGACCGGCUGCCCCUGCAGAUGGCACUGACGGAGCUAGAGACCCUGGCCGAGAAGCUGAACGAGAGGAAGCGAGAUGCUGACCAGCGCUGUGAGAUGAAGCAGAUGGCCAAAGCCAUCAACGAGCGAUACCUGAACAAGCUCCUCAGCAGUGGGAACCGCCACCUCCUGCGGUCAGACGACAUGAUAGAAACUGUCUACAACGACAGAGGCGAGAUCCUGAAGACCAAGGAGCGCCGGCUCUUCAUGCUGAACGACGUGCUGAUGUGUGCCACGGUCAGCUCCCGUGCCUCCCAUGAGGGCAGCUUGGUGGCCAGCCAGCGGUACCUGCUCAAGUGGAGUGUCCCUCUAGGGCACGUGCAGGUGGUGGAGUAUGGCAGCGGCCCAGGCCCCGGAGAACCAGGCAGGCUCCCCAUGGUACACCCACCCGAGAGCCUGGCCGUGGUCGCCAACGUGAAGCCACACAAGGUGUGUGUGGGCCCAGGGCAGCUCUAUCAGGACCUGCAGAACUUGCUGCAUGACCUCAAUGUGGUUGGCCAGAUCUCCCAGCUGGUUGGAAACCUCAGAGGGAACUACCAGAACUUGAACCAGGCGGUGGCCCAUGACUGGAGCUCGGGCCUGCAGAGACUCAUCCUGAAGAAAGAGGAGGAGAUCCGGGCUGCUGACCGCUGCCGGAUCCAGCUGCAGCUCCCGGGCAAACAGGACAAGUCAGGGAGGCCCACCUUCUUCACAGCUGUGUUCAACACCUUCACGCCUGCCAUCAAGGAAUCCUGGCUCCACAGCCUGCACAUGGCCAAGCUGGCCCUGGAGGAGGAGAAUCGCAUGGGCUGGUUCUGCGUGGAGGACGACAGCAACCACAUCAGGCGGGAGACACACCCACUCCUUGUAGGGCACACGCCUGUCAUGGUGGCGAAGCAGCCUGAGUUCAAGAUUGAAUGUGCCGCCUACAACCCCGAGCCGGACUUUGGCGAUGAGAGUCAGCCGGACCCCGGCUCGGCCACUGGCGGGUUCCUGUGGAUUGGAAGCUGUACCCACCAGAUGGGCCAGGUGGCUAUUGUUUCUCUGCAGAACUCUGUCCCCAAAGUAAUCGAGUGCUUCAACGUGGAAUCCCGCAUCCUGUGCAUGGUAUACGUGCCAGUGCAGGGCGGGUGGCCGCAGUCUGGCACAGCCCUGGACUCUGAGCCCACAGCUGCCACGGCCUCCAACGUCCCCACUGUCUGCCUGGGCACUGAGGAGGGAAGCAUCUCUGUCUACAAGAGCAGCCAGGGCUCCAAGAAGGUGAGGCUGCAGCACUUCUUCACGCCUGACAAGUCCACGGUCAUGAGCUUGGCCUGCUCGCCCCGGGGGCUGUAUGCUGGGCUGGUCAACGGCACUGUUGCCAGCUACGCCAAGGCCAUAGAUGGCUCCUGGGACUGCGACCCUCGGCACGUGGUCAGGCUGGGUGUCCUGCCGGUCAGGAGCCUGCUGGUGGUGGAAGACGCAGUGUGGGCAGCAUCUGGGGGUCAGGUCUUCAUCAUCAGCCUGGACACUCAUGCUGUGGAGGGUCAGCUGGAGGCCCACCAGGAAGAGGGCAUGGUCAUCUCCCACAUGGCUGUGGCCGGUGUGGGCCUCUGGAUCGCCUUCACCACAGGCUCCACGCUCCGCCUUUUCCACACAGAGACCCUGGAGCACCUGCAGGAUGUGAACAUUGCGGCCCCCGUGCACCACAUGCUGCCAGGACACCAGCGGCUAUCAGUGACCAGCCUGCUCGUCUGCCAUGGCCUGCUGAUGGUGGGCACCAGUCUGGGCAUCAUCGUGGCCUUGCCUGUGCCCCGGCUGCAGGGGAUCCCCAAAGUGACCGGACGAGGCAUGGUGUCUUACCAUGCUCAUAGUGGGCCUGUCAAGUUCAUCAUCAUGGCCACAACAUCACACAGGAAUGACAAGGACAGAACAAGGGAGAGCCCACUGCUGGACCAAGAGCCACAGGAAGAUGACCCAAGGGAUGCUCCUGCCAGCGAGGAAGCCGGGCCUGGGACAGACCAGGACAAGCCUGGGGUGGUGGCCAUGUGGCUGGGGGAGUCGGCAGGGUCCCUGACCCACAGGAGUGGUGCAUCAUCGCCGUCUGGCUCGCUCAGCCUGUCCCUCGGCUCCAGCUCCCUGGAACCCAGGCCAGAGGACAGCCUAGCCUGUGACCUCUUGCACCCUGGCAUCUCCCUGAGGAGCGGCCGGGCACGGGUGCCCCGGAGGGCCAGGGCCGGCUCGGUGCUGGUGGUGUGCGGGGGCCAGGGCCACCGGCGGGUGCACCGGAAGGCCAGGCCAGCUCCACAGGAGGAGCCUGUGUCCUCAGUCAUGGUCUGGCAGAUUCCCCUGCUGGGAGUUUAGCGGGGUGGCCGAUGCUGGC